AUGCCAGUUCACUACCAGCAACCUUCGAAUUUUGAUAAGUUCAAAAUGGGUGCCAUGAUGGGCGGCACCGUUGGCGUUUGUGUGGGUGUUCUUUUUGGUGGGUUCUCCAUUUUGCAGCAUGGUGCUGGGCCAAAUGGUGUUAUGAGAACGUUGGGUCAAUACAUCAUGGGUUCGGUAGCCACUUUCGGUUUGUUCAUGUCGAUUGGUUCUGUUAUCAGAUCCGAUACUGGUUUCCAGGCUCACCAGCAGGCCAUGAUUCUCGCCAACAAGCAGAGAUUGAGAAACAUGUAUGGCUUUGAGCACUGA